AAAAUCCCGGGAGAACCAAUCAGGGUGAUUGUCUCAUAUUUAGUGCUUUUUCUACCAGCCCGGAGUUAGACAGCCAUAAAAAGAGAUGAGGUGAGAUGUUUGGAGCUUGUGAGUGGAGUUGGAUGGAUCCCAACCAAACAUGGCAUCGGAACUUUGCCAGGCCAUUUCUGUGGCCAAGUUGGAGAGACACAAGAAUCUCUUCUUAAAUUACCGGAACCUUAACCAUUUCCCCAUUGAGCUGCUGAAAGAUGAGGGACUGCAGUAUCUGGAGAGACUUUAUAUGAAAAGGAACUCUUUAACCACCCUGCCUGAAAAUCUUGCCCAGAAGCUUCCGAAUCUGGUUGAAUUGUAUCUGCACUCAAAUAACAUUGUAUUUGUUCCAGAAGCCAUUGGCUCACUGGUGAAGCUGCAGUCCUUGGAUCUGAGUGACAAUGCUCUGGAAAUUCUGUGCCCUGACAUUGGUAGACUUAAAUCAUUGCGGCAUUUGCGACUGACAAACAACCGGCUGAAAUACCUUCCUCCAGAAAUUGGAAUGCUGAAAGAACUUCAAACCUUGGACCUUUCCACAAACCACCUGGUCAGUUUGCCGGAGAAACUGUGUCUUUGCCAUUCUCUGCAGUAUCUAACGGUGGAUCGCAACCUCCUGUGCAGCGUUCCGCGUCACCUGUGCCAGCUAGCCAGCCUCAAUGAACUCUCUAUGGCUGGUAACUGUCUGGCAUCUCUACCACUGGAUUUAGGAAGAUCUCGGGAGCUUCAGUAUGUAUAUGUGGAUAACAACAUUCAGCUGAAGGGUCUUCCCUCGUACCUAUACAACAAAGUCAUUGGCUGCAGCGGCUGUGGUUCCCCUGUUCCUGUCCAUGAAACAAAGUUGCUAUCGUUCACCUCUGGAGAGCUCACUGUCCAUCUCCCAGCUGAGGUGAAGGCCAUUGGUUCCUUAGCAGACUCUGUGUUACCACUUCAAGAGCUGGCACUGCGUUCUCUCCAUGCUGCCUUCUGCACAUUGUUAAAAGAUAUACGCUGCACAUCCUCAAUCUCAUUACCCAAAAGUCUCCUGGAGCUACUUCAGUGCCCACUGGGGCACUGUCAUCGUUGCAGUCAGUCUAUGUUUACGAUUGUGUAUCCAAAGCUGUUCCCUUUACGAGAGACGCCAAUGGCUGGACUUCAUCAGGGGAGAACAGCUGUUAGCUUUGUGGCCUAUUGUUGCUCUACCCAGUGUCUCCAAACAUUUGACCUCCUAAGCUGAUACUUUUCUUGGCUUCUGCGGACCGCGGUUCACGCGAUUUUCAAUCCGCCUCAUGGCUGACCGAAUAUCACUUUAAUUAGUAGGACACAGCAUCUGGAGUGCUAGAGGUUGCCUCCCCUGUUCUGUUCUUGGUCAUCAUGGAGUCCAACCACCAAGAAGAUCUAGCAUCUAUUAACAUC